AUGGACGCCUACAGAGGCUACAGUGCGCCGUGGUGGGAUGUACGAUUCUGGUCGAACAAGAUAUGGGCCGCGCUGGUCGGAGGCCUUGUCGUGAUCAUUGUCAUUGUCGUCCCGGUCGCCGUGGUCGAAUCUCGCAAACACAGCAAGUCGGCCUACCCAACGUACAGCAAGAUCAACUACACCCUCUCAGACACAUACUCGGACGAGAACUUUUUUGACAAGUUCGACUAUUUCAGCGGAUACGAUCCUGCCAAUGGCUUUGUCCAUUAUGUGCCUCAGGGUACGGCCGAAAGCCUGAACCUCACGAGCGCCUCGACGUCUGCGGCUGUCGUCCGUGUCGACACGUCUGUCGGGAACACGUCGUCUCCGGAUGCCCCGACUGGCCGCUUCUCCGUCCGGCUCACGUCCAAGACCCAGUACGACAGCGGGCUCUUCAUCUUUGAUAUCAAGCACACACCCUAUGGCUGUGGCACGUGGCCAGCAUUGUGGCUGUCCGACCCAAACAACUGGCCCGACAACGGCGAGAUCGACAUCAUGGAGGCUGUCAACCAGGGCACGUCCGGCAACCAGGUUACGCUGCACACCACCGACGACUGCACGAUGAAGUCGGUUGAGCGCAUCAUGUCCGGCACCGUCGACCAGGCCGACUGCCACAACACGACCAACGAAAACGCCGGCUGCGGCGUCACCGGCAAGAACUCCACGUACGGCCCGUCGUUUAACGACGCUGGCGGCGGCAUCAUGGCUGUCGAGUGGCGCGAUGCCGGUAUCCGCGUAUGGCAGUUUGACUCUGAUGCUGUGCCCUCGGACAUCAGCAACGACGCGCCCGACCCGAGCACGUGGGGGACUGCUCUGGCCGACUUCCCCGACACCAAGUGCAGCAUCAGCAGCCACUUCCGGAACGCGAGCAUCAUCGCCAACAUCGACCUGUGUGGAGCGCUGGGUGAGGCCAAGUACGCCUCGUCAGGCUGCCCGAACAACUGUGUUGGUAGCCACACGUGUGUCGGUGGCUACACGCCCACAAACUGCACCGAUUACGUGGCCAACUAUCCGAAUGCGUUCAAGGAUGCAUACUGGGAGUUUGGCACCUUUAAGGUCUUCCAGGCGAGCUCAUAG